GGAUUUGUCAUGUCAUAUCGAUGGCAUUGAGCAUUGACAAUUCUUAACUUAAACAAUUAUAAUUGAAUAAUGUUUUAGUCAUAGAUAAAGACAAGUUUUAGUUACUGAUGACAAAGAAAACAUUGCGAUAACAUGAUUUCCAUGUAAAGUAGACAAUAUUAUGGAAUGGAUAAGGAACAAUUCAUUUUUCCAGAGAAAUAAUAGAACCGUAGUAAGCACAGUGGAUGAAUGCGACCCACAAGCUUGCUAUGAUAGUUUUAAAGGGCAUUGGGACCAAGCCCUAAAAAUUAUCCACAGGGUUCAGCAACUACCAUCCCAUGACGACGUUUUGGGUGUUGUUAGCCAUUUGGAGCAGAUGGUUACACUUCUUCUCUAUGACAUAAAAAAAACUGACCGAUUAUGCAUAACAAUCAAUUCAUCAAAAUGUUUGGAAUAUCUUUUAAACCAAAAUGUGCUUAAUAUGUUAUUUGAUUGGAGUACGAGAUCGGGGAGGUACAUCAAUGCAGUGAAAUGUGAGCAAAUAAAAUUGUACGACACGCUAAUAAGUCACACUAGACAUCUGCUGUUAGAACACAAUUCUUUUUUAACCCCAAUGUUAAAGUUGUUUAAUUCAUGCCAUGGCGAAUUAUUGUCCAAAGAAAUAAAUAAACAUUUGGUUGAUCUUCUCAACCAGCUGAGUACAUUGCUGGUGCAACAUCCAGAAUUUGUCAAACUAUUUUUUACAAAUGAGAAAAACGGUAAUAGAUUUGUAAUAUUUUCAUUGCUUAUACCAUUUAUUCAUAAGGAAGAUGCAGUAGGAAUGAGAGCUAGAGACGCUUUGCUUCUAUGUAUGUCAUUGUCGAAGAGAAAUAAGGAUGUAGCUCUUUACAUAUCAGAAUUAUCAGAUUUUUCUUUACUGGUAGCUUCAGGACUUAGUGGAUUAUAUUCUGCAUUGCCCAACGCAAUCGAUGAUAUAGAUGUACCUGACUGGCAUCGCUUCACUCCUGACGAUGUAAAUGAAAUCAAUGGACUAUUAUACUUUGUGACCUCUUUAGAAUUUAGUAAUGCCAUAACUCAAGUGGCCCAUCCUUCAAUUAAGCGGCAAUUACAAGAAUUUUUAUAUAGAGGUUUCCUAAUUCCUGUUUUGGGGGAAGCUCUUCUACAAAGCAAUAUUCAAGAACAAAUUGCUGCUUCUGCGUACCUUGAGCUGAUUAUCCGAACUGUUACUGAGCCGGGACUAUUACAUGCAGUUUUACAAUUUUUAGUUAAAAUGGAUUAUGACGGAGAAAGGCUUUUUAACAUCUUAAUACAACGGAUUCAGUCCAACGAUAUGCAACUAUGCCUCGUAUCAUUGGCUUUAUUUGAAAGUAUGAUUGAUUUGAACUGUGAAGAUUUGCUACUUGAAUUGGUCUUCAAACAUUUACAGCCGUGUUUUCACUUAAUAAUGUCACAACGAAAAAUCCUAUUACCUCUAGACCCACUGUGUCCUAGUUUUGAGAAGUUAUUAUUAUUAGCUCCAAACUGCUGCCAUUUAUCAGAUAAUGAUCUAGAGUGGGAAAGUUCGAAGCAAUGGAAUAAUUUUAAUCAUAAACAAAGUCUAUAUGGAAGAUAUUAUGCAUACCUUUGCGAUGCUAGAAAUAAGAUUGGACUGUGCCAAAAAGCUUGCAACACGUGGAGCAAUUCCUAUAACGGAAAUUGCGAUUUAUCUAAUGCGGAGGAAAAAUCCGAUAGCCUUAUAUCAUUCGAAAGGAGUAGUGAAUAUGAAAGCUUCAAUUUGCCAAAUGUGGAAGAUAUGCCGGAAGAUAACGAAUUUUGGCAAAUGUCUUCAAAUAAGCUGAAAAGAUUGAACAUGAUCCAAAAUUUUGACGAAACUCCCUGCUCAGAUGAGGCACCAAGUGCAGGGCCGUUUUUGGCAAUUCUGCUAAAUAAACUAAGAAAAUUCAUGUCAAAUUCAAUAUAUGUGAAUUUGCAUGUAACAGGCCUAAUUUCUAGGUUAGCUGUAUACCCUCAAACCCUUCUGCGAGCCUAUCUUCUAGAUCAUAGCUUGGUUUUUCAACCCAAUAUUCCUUCAAUUUUUGAAAUCAUUGGAAUAAUAAAACAAGAGAUCGAUGAAUAUAUGAUCAUCCAAACUGAUCGAGAGCAUUUGAUCAAAUAUGCACAGGAAGUACUGAUCCACAGAGAAAUAAUGCUCGUCAAUAUAAGAAGGUACCAUUUUGAGAAAGCUUCUGUAUCCAAACCACAACAGACUGAAGCAUUUCAACGUAACGGACCAAAAAGGAGAAGCAUGAAUUUUCCUUCAAUCACGAGUGUGUUUAGCAGAAGAGCUAGUCAAAUAGAGAAUAACUUGGCAAUGGUUACGCCAGCAGAAGAACCGCAAUCUUGCUUGAUAUACCCGAAAUUUACCGAGGGACAACAUGUGGCCUUGUGUGCGGUUUUGCUUGAUGAGUGGGUUAAGGAGCUGGCAGCUCUAGCUCAAGAGCAUACUAUAGCCCAACUUGCAACACUUAUGACCUAGAAACUAAAUAUCUACAGAUAUAUUUAGAAUUUUUAUUGAAAAGUGAAUAAUAUGGAUUUUUAUUUCUCCUCUGUUAAUCUGGAACAACUUAAUCUGACAACAACACGUUUCUGGUGUUUUAUACACAAAGCUGUUUAUUGUGCAAUUCUUAAUGAUUUGAUCUAUAUUACUCGAUAUCUAUUGCAGCAUAUUUCAAUAAAUUGAUAUGGACUUAA